CAUUACUUUAAGCCCUAGACCUUUGGAUCCUUGGCAACACGACGCUCGAUAACAGUCGCAACAGAACGUUUUAAGGCCAUGCAAGUACGGAUUGUGCAGAUGACAGCUCAGUGACAGACUCUUAAUGUCACUCAACAGCACAUAUUUCAGCCCAUCCGCGAAAACAACCGACACACGCUGUGAUAAAGCGCAGGAACCGAGAAUGUCCGACGACUCACCUAAUGAAAGUGAGUGCGGAUAUGCCCGUCGUGUCAGCAGGGAGUGGUGGCUUCACGUGGGUCUGUUGUGCAUUCCUCUGCUCGCCGUGUAUCUGCAUAUCCCUCCGCCACAGCUCUCACCUGCGCUCAACACCUGGCACUCUUCCGGUCACUUCUUCACAUUCAGAGGCAAUAACAUCUUCUAUAAAGAGUCAGUAGGUGUCGUGGGAAGCUCCGAUGUCCUCUUGCUGCUUCAUGGUUUUCCUACUUCAAGCUAUGACUGGUAUAAGAUCUGGGAUUCUCUGACUCAACGUUUUAACAGAGUCAUCGCCCUCGACUUCCUUGGCUUUGGUUUUUCAGACAAACCGCGACUGCACCGUUACUCCAUCUUCGAGCAGGCCAGUGUGGUGGAAUCUUCACACCUCAUAUCAUUGACAUUUCCUCAGAGUCUUUUUGUUGGUUGA